UCUCAUUCUCAUUCUCUGUACAGCCAACCACAGGGGAGCCCUUGUGCCAGGCAGCCACCUACAUUCGGUGUCUGGCUUUUGCAGACACUCUCUAUUCCCCUUGUGACUGGUACUGGUAUUGGUACCGGUACCUCCAACAUCGAAUGGAUAUGCCUCUUCCCGGCGGUGAGCAACUGACCAGCAGGAAGGACUGACCAACGGAGACCGGGAUCAAAACUCGGGCGUCAUCUUCCGCGAGCCAGGUUUGCUUCCAUUGCAAACUUGCGAUGCUUACAUCUCCGAACAGCCUCGAAAACCAGGCACCAGCAACCUUGAACCUGGUAGGUCCGCCUUUGCACGUGUGCUGGUAACACCAAGGUGCAACGAUAAGCCUAGCCUGUACGCAACCAACCCACACGCUGUCCAGCCUUAUUGACGAGAACGUCACAAGGCUCUGCCCCUACUUCGAUGAUCUCGUCUGGCUCCUGUCGUUCCCCAUGCGGCCAGUAUUCGCAUGUUCUUCAUCGGAUUCGACACGCAGACCAUGCGGUCGUGGAGAACAGCCCCGAUUGGCACUGCAGGCUGGCAUCGCGAUGACAAGAACCGUUUGAUACUACUCAGGAUUCCGGAGCAGAUCCCUCUUGAUCCUCCAUCAUCGUUUCCCUCGUCCACCCAUGAACACCAUCCGCAUGCCACCCUCGAAAUCCACGAGCACAAACCUUCCCAACCACCCACGUCCUCCAAGACUCCCAAUCUGACCACCCUCCCACCCGAAAUCAUCCACUGCAUCGCCGACAACCUUCAUCCCGUCGACCGCGUGUGUCUCGCCCUGACCUGCAAACCCCUCGCAUCAGCCAUCAUAUCCGCACCCCUACUCUGCCCAACAAGCUGGUCCCGCUUCUCCGACCAGCGGUACGACUGGCUCCUCCCUGAAUCAUACAGCUUGAUCUUGCGUCUCGCACACGGGUGGAUACCAAAGGACAAACUCCGGUACUGCUGGAAGUGCCACAAGAUCCUGCCGCGCAACGAAGAGUAUUUCCGCAAGAGGCUGGCCUGCAGGAAGAGUCCGAAAUGGAGCAUCAAGUUGGGCGUGUCCAAGACAAAAUGGGAGAACAUGGGCCGGAAAGAGAAAUAUACAUACCUAGUUGAGACGUGGUGCGAGUCGCCGCACGAGGACAGCAGCAGUCUGUACUGCGAUUUCUGUCGCGAUCGGACGCUAGAGCCGGGCUUCGGUGUCGGUGCAACGCUGCAACAUCCUGUACAGUGCCCGCUGUGUUUGGAAAGGGAGUUGACCUACGUCUGGCGCCCGCCGCGGAAACCCUGGAUCAGAGCGAAGGCGCUCAAAGUGCUCAAGAUUCUGUGGAGGCCGUUUGACCGUAUAGCGAUGUAUAUGCAUAUGUAUGUCACAGCUUUCAUCGUCCUUGGCGGACAGCUUGUGAAUGAUUUGUGCGAGAGAGCCUGGGAGUAUACAAGGGCGCUGAAGAUCUUCAAUCGCUGAUCCAAUAUACGAAAUAUGGACGGGUGUAGGAGCUGCUACUGCUCGGCGCCAUAUCGAUGACGAUGACGAUGAUGAUGAUGAUGGAAGAGAUGAGCGCUUUGCUGACAGUAUACGGCAUGGUAUUGAGCUAAUGCAUACAAACUCG